AGGUUGGUGGAGGGCGGGGGGUCAAGGUGUUGUUGUCGGGGGGCCCCGGAAGGCUGGAUCUUCUCACCUCCUUUGAAGCUAUCGCAAAGAAGGGUGCCAACUUGGAUUUGCCCAUCCUGGACACAAGUAGGGUGAGAUCCACUGGAUCUCACCAUCGUUAAGGCAGAAAAACGUGCCACCCAGUUCCCUUUCAGCUGGGCUGUGCGGUGGGAGAAGCCAGCCUUCUCACACCAGGUUGGGUCUAUUGCCUUCCCAUUAGACACUGCUGACCUAACAAUUAUUGGCAGUAUUGAGCACCUUCCCCGUAGACCUUGAGCUGAAACAAGAAGCCACUGGCUGGUUGAAGGAGGUUUGAGGCAGCACACAAGACUUCAAUCAUGGUUGAACAUUCGGCCUCCACGCCCUACGUCUCUGUGAUGGACCAGUAUGGUUACCAGGUCGGCAAAGUGAUCGGCCACGGUUCCUACGGGACCGUCUACGAAGCCUAUUUUGCCAAGCAGAAGACGAUGGUGGCCAUCAAAAUCAUCUCCAAGAAGAAGGCCUCGGAGGAUUACCUCACCAAAUUCCUGCCGAGGGAGAUACAGGUUGUUAUUCUCAUGGUGCCGCGUGGAUACCCCUUCCAGCCCUGAGCUUUUCCAUAGGGCACUUCGCUGUGGGCUCGGGAAUGUGUGUUUUGAGCAUCCUCGUGACGUCACCCCCAUCCAAAUGCUGCUCUGAAUUUCUUGCCCCCCGUUUAAUCCAGAUUUGCUGUGUCCUUUGGGAAAUCUAAGAGAUUUGUGGGUUUGUUGUUGUUGUUUAGUCGUUUAGUUGUGUCCGACUCUUCAUCACCCCCUGGACCAGAGCACACCAGGCACCCCUGUCUUCCACUGCCUCCCGCAGUUUGGUCAAACUCAUGCUGGUAGCUUGGAGAACACUGUCCAACCAUCUCGCCCUCCGACAUCCCCUUCUCCUUGUGCCCUCCAUCUUUCCCAACAUCAGGGUCUUUUCCAGGGAGUCUUCUCUUCUCUUUUUUAAAAAAAUAAUUUUUAUUAACCGACCAAUCAAAUCAAAUCAAAUCACAUCACAUAAAUUCCGAAUUACAAAGCCGAAUUUUGAUUUUUUUCGUUGGGGGGACCCAUAUUUCAAGUUCCAAAGGGGAUUCCAAUCAUCUUCUUGCUGCUGCGUUAAUAUCCACAAAUCUGUCCAAAUAAUGUUCAUAAUUCUAUCUAGUCCUAUCUUGCUGUUCCCACAUCUCAUCUUGUUCGUAUAUUUUUCUUUUUUUCUUUAUGAUCUCUGAUAAUCUCCUUAAGCAGGUAAACACCAGUUAUAAUCCUGUGUGAAUUUUUCUGUUCGUCCAAUCAUCAUGUCGAGAUGGUUUCCAUAUAUCAUCACUUUCAUAAAUAAAAGCACUCUUUCCAUCAUUAGUCUCGCAAAUCUGUCGCCUUCUUUAGUCCCUCUGAGGAGGCUCACCCACAAUAUGAAAACAGAUCUAUUCCUCCUCCCAGACAUAAGUCUUUCGACAGAACUUGCCAAAAUGGCGACACUAUUUUUUGCUGCGUCAUUCCAAAGCUCUUAUACUUUCCACGAUCUCCUUAAAACAUGCUUUGGUUAGAAAAUUAUCUCCACACAGUCUUAAAUCCUCAGCUUAAGUCAUUUAAACGGCAUUUCUGACUUGUGACUUGGGGGGGGGGGAUUCUUGGUUAAUCACAUAGAGAAAAGAAAGGAAAGUUCCCCCCCCCAUCCAGUCCCGUUGCCGAACAUACCGAGCCUUGGUGUGUCUUCUCAUGAUUUAUUCCUGUUCCUCCGACCCGUCUUGUUUCUCAGAGAUCUCUUCGGUUAGCAGUCUUUACUCCCCAUUCUUCCUUGAAAUAUGUGCAUUAGCUUCCUCCUAAUUGUUUCUUUUGAAGUUGCUGCAGCUAGAGGCGCGAAUCAGAGACAGCGUCCAGAAGCGCCGAAGUCCGCACAAGGGCUUUCUGCCUAGUGCCCCCACCCCCUCAAGUUCGGGGGUGGUGUAGGGCACAGCAGGCAAGGGCAGUCCCCCCCCCACACGCUUGGGGGGGGCAGGAGGCUGUUUACUCCCAUCAUAGCCUCUUAAUUACCUCGUGUGGGUCGGAGAGAUGUUAUUGUCAGCCAUCUUCCAAUGCGCCCCUAGUGCCCCCCCCGGGAGUCUUCUCUUCUCAUGAGGAGGCCAAAGUCUUGGAGCCUCAGCUUCAGGAUCUGUCCUUCCAGUGAGCACCCAGGGCUGAUUUCCUUCAGAAUGGAUACGUUUGAUCUUCUUGCAGUCCAUGGGACUCUCAAGAGUCUCCUCCAGCACCAGAAUUCAAAAGCAUCAAUUCUUCGGCUAUCAGCCUUCUUUAUGGUCCAGCUCUCACUUCCAUACAUCACUACUGGGAAAACCAUAGCUUUAACUAUACAGACCUUUGCUGGCAAGGUGAUGUCUCUGCUUUUUAAGAUGCUGUCUAGGUUUGCCAUCGCCUUUCUCCCAAGGAGCAGGCGUCUUUUAAUUUCGUGACUGCUGUCACCAUCUGCAGUGAUCAUGGAGCCCAAGAAAGUAAAAUCUCUCACUGCCUCCAUUUCUUCCCCUUCUAUUUGCCAGGAGGUGAUGGGAGCAGUGGCCAUGAUCUUCGUUUUUUUGAUGUUGAGCUUCAGACCAUAUUUUGCGCUCUCCUCUUUCACCCUCAUUAAAAGGUUCUUUAAUUCCUCCUCACAAAGAGAUUUGUGGGAGGAACAGCAAAAUGGCACAUCCAGAUUAAACAGGGUGGGCAAUAUGGGAUGGCGUUUUGAUGAGGACACUGUGAAAAAUUUGCGCAAGCAGCACCGAGUUAUAAAUAAACUACUGGCGGGGAAGACAACCUACUUUUAUGGUGACAUCUUAGAGUGGUUCCCAAACUUUCUUCCCCAUGGACCACUUGAAAAUUGAGGAGGGUCUUCCUCACAGACCACAUGAUUGUUUUUCUGCUUCUUGCAGCAGUUGUAAUGAGCUGUGUGCUAGAUGCAGUACGAUUUUUAUUGUUAUUCUUUUAUUUCUUAAGCAUUUCCUGUUCUGCUGUUUUACCAUUUUGGCCCUCGUAGAAUUCAAAUUGCAACACGAAACGGAGAGAUUGAAAAAUGCAGUUAAAAAUCCACAUGAAUACCGUAUUUUUCGCUCUAUAAGAUGCACCAGACCACAAGACGCACUUAGUUUUUGGAGGAGGAAAACAAGAAAAAAAAUAUUCUGAAUCUCAGAAGCCAGAACAGCAAGAGGGAUCGCUGCGUAGUGAAAGCAGCAAUCCCUCUUGCUGUUCUGGCUUCUGAGAUAGCUGCGCAGCCUGCAUUCGCUCCAUAAGAUGCACACACAUUUCCCCUUACUUUUUAGGAGGGAAAAAGUGAGUCUUAUAGAGCAAAAAAAUACGGUAUUUUGUGCGAGGGCUGUGCCGUCUCCCGUCUUUAGCUGUGAAUGCCACAGACGAGCCACAGACCACCUAAAGUCCUAAACGAAGCUUGUGGACCACUGGAGGAGGGGCAGAGUUGUGGACUGCAAUUUUGAGGACAUACCAGAGGAGUCAAGAGAUGGCAAUCUUUUCUCGGUGCUAAAUUUCUGUUAUCAAGAGAACAGAAUAAACCCCACAUUCUUACUAGUGCGAGCCACAGGAGAUCUGAAAUCAGAAACCCUUCCCAGCUGCCCCUGGCUUCAAUGUAAUGUUGACUUUGGGCUUUAUGGCUUUGCAUAUGUUAAUUUCCUUUCCCCUUUUGAAGAACAAACAUUGCUUAUUGACAGAUCCUAGAGGUCGAUUGAAGGCUCUGGCUGGAUAGUUUUCCAUUUGCUGGAGCUAUGGGGAAACUGGGCAGCGGAGUCUGAGAUCCCAUCUGCGCUGCACAUUGUUAUAGAACAAACUCGGGUUAUUCUUUUGCAACCCAACUCUGCAUCGAGAGAUUUCAGUGACCCUAAGUUUGUUUUUGGUCAAGGGGGAAAUGUGUGGAGGUAGGAACCAGUGGAAGGAAAGCAAGGGAGAUCUUUAUUUGUCUGUUGCAUCACAGCCCCCCUUCCCCCCUUGCAAGGACCCAGAACAAAGGUGUCUAACAGCUUUUAAAGACUAGAAAUUGCCCAACCCCUUAGCCAAAGACCACCCAAAAGCAUCAUAUAAGCCUCACAGAAAGAGGCGGUUUGCAACAGAAAUCUGAGUGCAUGGCUUGUCUCCUGUCUGUCAAGAUACCUGAUAAUGUUUUACUGACGUUCUUUUAAAUGACAAACACCCAAGUUUCUGAAACCAUUGUCACAGACCUCCCCUAUUUAUGCACAAAAUGUGCUCUUUUCACUGGAUUUGUAAGUGAAAAGAACUUACUGGGAGAGGUUUUUCCAAGAUGUUUCCUUCUGCAGAGAAAUAUUUGGGGUCAUUAAGAGUCAAGAUGGUUUCUGGAGUGCUCUCCUGUACUAUUUCAGACACGCGGAUUACAGUGGUACCUUGUGGUACGCUUCAGGUUACAGACUCCGCUAACCCAGAAAUAGUACCUCGGGUUAAGAACUUUGCUUCAAGAUGAGAACAGAAAUCGUGCUCCGGCGGCGCGGCAGCAGCAGGAGGCCCUAUUAGCUAAAGUGGUGCUUCAGGUUAAGAACAGUUUCAGGUUAAGAACGGACCUCUGGAGCGAAUUAAGUAUGUAACCAGAGGUACCACUGUAUGUGUUUAUGGAUGAGUGUUUUAGCUUGUGCACUUAUGAACGUUUCUGUUUUAUUUACGACACCUUAAAAUUGUUAUAACACAGAUAAAGUGGAAUCAUGCCAUGGAUUUUAAAGUCAUGGCUUCUCAACAAAGAAUUCUGGGAAUUGUAUUUUGCUAAGGGGGCUGAGAAUGGUUGGGAGUCUCGGAGCUACAAUUCCCAGAGCAGUUUAACAGCCAAUCCCUCUUCACAGGUGUUAUAAGAAAAAUACUGCUCCUUUUCCCUUUUGGGGUAUUCCAGAGCCCGUACAGAGUCCUUAAGUAGGUUCUCUAUCGGUAGGAGAAAAUAGGGCCAAGCAGAGAAUGUUGUUAUUUAGUUGUUUAGUCGUGUCCGACUCUUCGUGACCCCAUGGACCAGAGCAUGCCAGGCACUCCUGUCUUCCACUGCCUCCCGCAGUUUGGUCAAACUCAUGCUGGUAGCUUCGAGGACACUGUCCAACCAUCUCGUCCUCUGUCGUCCCCUUCUCCUUGUGCCCUCCAUCUUUCCCAACAUCAGGGUCUUUUCCAGGGAGUCUUCUCUUCUCAUGAGGUGGCCAAAGUAUUGGAGCCUCAGCUUCAGGAUCUGUCCUUCCAGUGAGCACUCAGGGCUGAUUUCCUUCAGAAUGGAGAGGUUUGAUCUUCUUGCAGUCCAUGAGACUCUCAAGAGUCUCCUCCAGCACCAGAAUUCAAAAGCAUCCAUUCUUCGGCGAUCAGCCUUCUUUAUGGUCCAGCUCUCACUUCCAUACAUCACUACUGGGAAAACCAGAGCUUUAACUAUACAGACCUUGAUCUUUAUUAAGUGUUGCAACAGGCAUUUGAAAUUUCCUCCCCUGUAGCUCAAGACCACCCCCCAAAAAAUCAUACAUCAGUGAAGGGGUGAUCUACACCAGAAAACCUUUUUGCCAGGAUACCUGAUAAUGGUCACCGAUUCCUUUUUCCUGAGCUUCCUGGCCAUUGCUUUGAGAUGGUAAAUAGUUUAGUUCCUGAAAUCUCUUACAUAUAUUGAUAGUUUCCUCAGCUUAACAGAUAGCGGUACUUCCAGGCUGUAUUUGCAAAGGGAGGUGUAUGCCCCUGAAGUCCAAAGACAACUGGAAUGCUUUUCCCAUUUCCUUCCUCCUUGCAAGGAAGUAUUUGAGGUCAAUUUGGGAGAGUCAAAAUGGCUCCAGGGUUGCUCUCCUGUACUGUUUCAGACACUAUACUUAUGCUUGUGUGUAUGCCUUAUACAUUUGUGAACAUUUAUUUUACAGUAUAUCUUAGACCUUAUACAGUGGUACCUCAGGUUAAGUACUUAAUUCUUUCCGGAGGUCCGUACUUAACCUGAAACUGUUCUUAACCUGAAGCACCACUUUAGCUAAUGGGGCCUCCUGCUGCCUCUGUGCUGCCAGAGCACAAUUUCUGUUCUCAUCCUGAAGCAAAGUUCUUAACCUGAAGCACUAUUUCUGGGUUAGCAGAGUUUGUAACCUGAAGCAUAUAUAACCUGAAGCGUAUGUAACCUGAGGUACCACUGUAAUUCUCAUAACAAUGGGAAUUCUGGAAAUUGUAGGUCAGGGAGGGAAAUUGGGUCUCCCAACAAUUCUCAGCACCCUUAAAAAGGUAAAGGGACCCCUGACCAUUAGGUCCAGUCGUGGCCGACUCUGGGGUUGCGGCGCUCAUCUCGCUCUAUGGGUCGAGGGAGCCGGCGUACAGCUUCCGUGUCACGUGGCCAGCAUGACUAAGCCGCUUCUGGCAAACCAGAGCAGCGCACGGAAAUGCCGUUUACCUUCCCGCUGGAGUGGUACCUAUUUAUCUACUUGCACUUUGACGUGCUUUCGAGCUGCUAGGUUGGCAGGAGCAGGGACCGAGCAACGGGAGCUCACCCCGUCGCAGGGAUUCGAAACGCUGACUUUCUGAUCGGCAAGUCCUAGGCUCUGUGGUUUAACCCACAGCGCCACCCACAUUUCCCAGGAUUCUUUGGGGGAAACCAUGAACGAUUAAAGGGCCAUGAGGCUGCUUUGAAUACAUAGGGCAGGCAGGGCUUAAGUGUACACGACAUAGUCCCCUCUGCAGGGAGGUGGGACCGAUUCGGAUGGUCCGCUGCCGCCACUUAAUAGAUCCAAAUGGUUUCCAGAGAGUGGUAGGGGAUGCUUUCUCCCAUGUUGAUGGCCCGCUGGAAUGUGGAGUUAACCAGGGCUAUUGACUGUUUGGCUCCGAAGCGCCCUCUCCGAUUGCAUGGAGCCCGGACAGCCCUGUGGUUUUCCACGGAUCUGAGGGCAAUGAAACAAUCGUUGAGACGGCUAGAGCGCCGGUGGCGGAUAACUCAUUCCGAAUCUGACCGGACACAGGUUAGAACUCAACGUCGAGCCUACCAAGUGACGAUAGCGACGGCGAAGAAGACCUUCUUCGCCGCCUCUAUUGCAUCUGCAGAAAACAGCAGCAGGAGACUUUUUCAGGUGGUUCACAAUUUAGCGGAACCACCUGCGACAUCGGGGCCCAGCACGGGCCACAUGAUCUCCUGCAAUGAUUUUGCAAAGUUUUUUGCAGAUAAAAUCGCUCAGAUUCGGGAAGAAGUAGACUCCACCGUGGGAGCAGGGCCAGGGCGGGAGAGUGCUAGAGUCCUGUCUAGUCAAGUUGUGUGGAAUCAAUUCCAAUCUGUUACCUCCGAGGAUGUGGACAGGCUGCUUGGACGAGUGAAGCCAACCACCUGUCUCCUGGAUCCUUGCCCAUCCUGGCUUAUAAAAGCUAGCCGGGAAGGACUGGGCGAUGGGCUUCGUGGGGUGGUGAAUGCUUCCCUCUGUGAGGGAGCCUUCCCAGACCCGCUGAAAGAGGCGGUUAUUAAACCGCUUCUUAAAAACCAUCUUUAGAUGCGGCCACGAUAGCCAACUAUCGCCCAGUCUCAAAUCUUCCAUUCUUGGGCAAGGUGAUUGAGCGAGUGGUUGCUGAACAACUCCAGGCACGCCUGGAAGAAGCGGACCAUUUGGAUCCCUUCCAGUCGGGAUUCAGGGCUCAUCAUGGGACUGAAACUGCCUUGGUCGCACUGGUUGAUGAUCUCCGGCGGGCUAGGGACAAAGGUGAGAGCUGUUUCCUAGUUCUGCUGGAUCUCUCAGCGGCGUUUGAUACCAUCGACCAUAACAUCCUUCUGGACCAUCUUGAGGGGCUGGGAGCUGGGGGCACUGUCAGACAGUGGUUCCGCUUCUUCCUCCUGGGCUAUGUUCAGAAAGUGGUGGUGGGGGAUGAGUGUUCAGACCCCUGGGCUCUCACUUGUGGGGUGCUCUGUCCUUUCCCCCAUGCUUUUCAACAUUUACAUGCAGCCGCUGGGGGAGAUCAUCAGGAGGUUUGGGCUGGGUCUUCAUCAGUAUGUGGAUGAUACCCAGCUCUACCUCUCUUUUAAAUCAGAACCAGUGAAGGCGGUGAAGGUCCUGUGUGAGUGUCUGGAGGCGGUUGGAGGAUGGAUGGCGGCUAACAGAUUGAGGUUGAAUCCUGACAAGACAGAAGUACUGUUUUUGGGGGACAGGAGGCGGGCAGGUGUGGAGGAUUCCCUGGUCCUGAAUGGGGUAACUGUGCCCCUGAAGGACCAGGUGCGCAGCCUGGGAGUCAUUUUGGACUCACAGCUGUCCAUGGAGGCACAGGUCAAAUCUGUAUCCAGGGCAGCUGUUUACCAGCUCCAUCUGGUACGUAGGCUGAGACCCUAUCUGCCUGCAGACUGUCUCGCCAGAGUGGUGCAUGCUCUGGUUAUCUCCUGCUUGGACUACUGCAAUGCGCUCUACCUGGGGCUACCUUUGAAGGUGACCCGGAAACUACAACUAAUCCAGAAUCGGCAGCUAGACUGGUGACUGGGAGCGGCCGCCGAGACCAUAUAACACUGGUCUUGAAAGACCUACAUUGGCUCCCAGUACGUUUCCAAGCUCAAGUCAAAGUGUUGGUGCUGACCUUUAAAGCCCUAAACGGCCUCGGCCCAGUAUAUCUGAAGGAGCGUCUCCUCCCCCAUCGUUCUGCCCGGACACUGAGGUCCAGCUCCAAGGGCCUUCUGGCGGUUCCCUCACUGCGAGAGGCCAAGUUACAGGGAACCAAGCAGAGGGCCUUCUCGGUAGUGGCGCCCACGCUGUGGAACGCCCUCCCAUCAGAUGUCAAAGCGAUAAACAACUACCUGACAUUCAGAAGACAUCUGAAGGCAGCCCUGUUCAGGGAAGUUUUUAAUAUGUGACAUUUUAGUGUAUUUUUCAUCUUUGUUGGAAGCCGCCCAGAGUGGCUGGGGAAACCCAGCCAGAUGGGCGGGGUACAAAUAAUAAAUUAUUAUUAUUAUAUUAUUAUUAUAGUUUUAAAGCACACCUCAAAGAAUUAUGGGAAGUGUAGUUUCUUCUGGGUACUGAGAUUUCUAGGGUAACCUCUGCUCCCCCUCAGGGAGCUACAAUUCUCAAAGUGGUUAAACAAUUGAUCCCAGGGAACUCUGGGAAUCGUAGUUCUGUGAAGGGAAUCGGUCCCAGACAUGUUUCAAUCUGUCAGUAACUUUUUCUGCUAAUCCAUUUCACAAGACGUUGGCACAUGAUCUGUUCACGGAAAGUCCAGCCUUAGUCUUCUAACAUUUGCUGUUUCAUUGUCUCGCUGCCACCAUAAAAUAUAUUAUCGGGUCUUUGCCAAGCCACCAUAAAAUAUAUUAUCAGGUCAUUGCCGAGGCAACUUUGAGUUGCUUCCGUCAACAAAAGUAUAUAAAGCUAAUAUGGUUGGGCGUCGACAUUUUUUACUAUAAAACUUCCUGCCUGACUAGCACGGGAUGCAACCCCAAGAAUAAAUGUUGAAACAUGCAACUCUGAAUCCCCCAAGCAAAUAAAGGAAUAUUUGUACAACCUCAGCAGGCGUAAUAUAGUUCAGCCUAAAGCUUUGUAGUAUAAAAAAAAAGUUUCACAAGUACUGGCAGGGGUAGCAGUGAGUGGAAGGGGCACAGUGGUGUCAGAUGUGGGCAAAUCAAUUCCCCCCAUAUAACAAAAAGCAAACAACACCAUAAAAACAGUCCUGUUGUUGUUGUUGUUGUUUUUAUUGUUGUUGUUGUUAUUAGAAUUUAUAUACUGCCCUAUACCCGCAGGUCUCAGGGCGGUUUACAGAAUAAAAUCAAAAUAUAAAACCACAAAAACAAAAAUCAAAACCAAUAACAACUUAAACCCCUGUCUCCCAUAUGACAAGAGAUGUAAAAUUUCUGGAAAUUUUGAAGCCACAAGGGGGAAAAAAAAUUCCUCCCUCCCUGUUUUUUCCUGGGAAAAAUAGAAUUUUUUGAGGGGGGGGGCUUUAAAAGUUCAGUGUGGAGUAGUUUUACAAAUUGUGUGAAACACAGUGUAUAUGAAAGUAUUAUGCUUGCAACAAAACAGGUAACCACGCCCCUUUCCCUCAAAAGCAACAAAAAAAGCAAGAAACCGUCAACAUAAAAAAUAAUCAGAUUUGCCCCGUAGCACCAAAAGCAAAUAAAAUUCAGGUCCACCUCAAUAUUUAAGCUCCAUAGAAGGUCUACCCUUUGAGUAGUGCUUGGGGGGGGGGGGAAGAAACAGAAGAAACCGUUUGACUUCCAAAACGUUCAGAAACCAAAGCGUUGCUUUUGAUUGGCUGCAGGAAGCUCCUGCAGCCAAUCGGAAGCCGCACUGGACAUUUGGCUUCUGAAAAUCGUUAGAAAACCCGAAUCCUCACUUCCGGGUUUCAGUCGUUUGGGAGCCGAUUUGUUUGGGAGCCAAGGCGUUCGAGAUCCAAGGUCCGACUGUAUAUUAACAUAAUCAACCCAUAUGUCCAAACAGAUAUUGAAACAAGACUGAGGGUUGCAAAAUAUACAUGGAGAAGGCAGUCAGAUCUUCAGGCCAAUGAGUAGUCGAUGUUGUUGUUGUUUAGUCGUUUAGUGUCCGACUCUUCGUGACCCCCUGGACCAGAGCAUGCCAGGCACUCCUGUCUUCCACUGCCUCCCGCAGUUUGGUCAAACUCAUGCUGGUGGCUUUGAGAACACUGUCCCACCAUCUCGUUCUCUGUCAUCGCCUUGUCCUUGUGCCCUCAAUCUUUCCCAACAUCAGGGUCAUUUCCAGGGAGUCUUCUUCUCUUCUCAUGAGGUGGCCAAAGUCUUGGAGCCUCAGCUUCAGGAUCUGUCCUUCCAGUGAGCACUCAGGGCUGAUUUCCUUCAGAAUGGAGAGGUUUGAUCUUCUUGCAGUCCAUGGGACUCUCAAGAGUCUCCUCCAGCACCAGAAUUCAAAAGCAUCAAUUCUUCAGCGAUCAGCCUUCUUUAUGGUCCAGCUCUCACUUCCAUACAUCGCUACUGGGAAAACCAUAGCUUUAACUAUACGGACCUUUGUUGGCAAGGUGGUAGUCGAUAGUGGAUAUUUAUUCCUCCAGCCUCAUAAUAUAACUCUUUUUGUGACCAUAAGAUUUCGCAGGAUCCACUUCCAGUUCCCAUCUGUUAGCCCCUAGGUUAUAAUGCGAACACCUGCAUACCUCAAGGGUUUUUCUGAAACAAAUUUAAUCCGGAUCCUUUCUGACAAAGCGCAUGUUUCACCUUGCCCUCCAGGUGAUGAAAACCCUGCGCCACAAAUACGUGAUCAGUUUCUACCAGGCUAUCGAGACCACCUCUCGCCACUACAUCAUCAUGGAGCUGGCACCCUGUGGCGACGUCCUGGAGUGGAUCCAGAAAUCGGGAGCUUGUUCUGAGGCCCUGGCCGGGAAGUGGUUUUCUCAGCUGUCUCUGGGGAUCGCCUAUCUGCACGGCAAGGGCAUCGUGCACCGGUGAGUAAAUGGAGGAAAUGUCGAUAGGCAGUCCUCAAAGCUACCUGUAGAAACAGCUACUUUUAAGACUUGGGCUGUGUGUGCACCAGAUCUACUGUAUACAUGUCAUAUUCAAAGCACACACAGCUGGCUGGUGUUCAGAAGCACUUCCUGUCUGCCUCCUUGGCAUACCUGUCAACUUACAGAUUUGAAAAUCAGGGACCAGCAGCCUCGAAAAUAAGGGAUCAGCAGCCAAAAUAAGGGAUUUUCUGGGCACAGGUAUGUUCAACUUCUGAGCCCCUCCGAGCCAAAGGCAGAAAGCCCAGCCAGCAGCCAAACGAAGCCUCAAGCGGUGGUUCCCACAGGGCAGCAACCCGGCAAAGGGGAUGCAGCAAGGGAAACCACCGUCACCUCUCCGCUGGGAAGCGCUGAGCAAAGGCAACGCGGCCGAUUUGAUCGGCACAAGGCAUGCAGGCUCUACCCCCCAGUCAUUCUUAUUGGGUGAGCAACGCAGCCAGGCAACACAGUUGGAGCCUCCCUCCUCCCUGGCCGGCAGGGAGGGAGGGAGAGGAGCUGCUUCCUUUGAAACCCUGGAAAUUUAAGGGACAUCAUCAAUAAGGGACAGCAGCGGGACACGGCGCUGGGAUAAGGGAGUUUCCCGCCAAAUAAGGGACGGUUGACAGCUAUGCUCCUUGGAGGCUGAGAACAGCUAUCCUGGCUAGUAGCCAUCAACAGCCCUCGAUUCCUGGCUGGCUCGCCAAAUCGUUAUAAGAAAAAACUGCUCCCUUUUCCUUAUAGGGUACCCAAGAGCCCAAACAGCAGGGGUAGGCAACCUAAGGCCUGUGGGCCAGAUAAGGCCCAAUCGCCUUAUCAAUCCGGUUCACGGACAGUUCAGGAAGAGGCCUAUUUUUACAUGAGUAGAAUGUGUCCUUUUAUUUAAAAUGUGCAUCUGGGUUAUUUGUGGGGCCUGCCUGGUGUUUUUACAUGAAUAGAAUGUGUCCUUUUAUUUAAAAUGCAUCUCUGGGUUAUUUGUGGGGCAUAGGAAUUCGUUCAUCCCCCCCCCCCCAAAAAAUAGUCUGGCCCACCACAUGGUCUGAGGGACGGUAGACCGGCCCAUGGUUGAAAAAGGUUGCUGACCCCUGCCGUACAGAGUCCUCAUGUGGGUUCUCUAUCAGUAGGAGAAAAUAACAGGCCAACCAGAGAAUUCUGAGAAGCAAAGCAGCUAGUAAGCCUGAUCUUUAUUAAUCUGUUGCAACAGGGUCCUCGCUCACUCCACGCAGGAGGGAGAACACAGAACAAGCCCUUAUAUAUAGACUUUGAAACUGUCCACCCUGUAGCCCAAGACCACCCCCAUAACAUCAUACAUACAUCACAGAAGGAGGUGGUCUACAGCAGAAAUUAGAGAGUGUUGCUUCUCUCCUGUCUGCCACGAUACCUGAUCAUGCCUUACUUGACUGCCUUUUCUGGGUAGCCUGGCCAUUCCUUUGAGAUGGUAAAUACUUAGUUCCUGAAUCUCUCAUGCAUAUUAAUAACAGAUACUUGCCAGACUGUAUUUGAAAAGGGAGGUGUAAGCCCCUACAAUCAAAAGACAACCGGAAAGCUUUCCCCAUUUCCUUCCUCCUUGCAGAGAAAUAUUUGAGGUCAAUUUGGGAGAGUCAAAAUGGCGUCAGGAUUGUUCUCCUGUACUAUUUCAGACACGUGGCUUAUAUACUUAUGUGUUUGCUUUGUACAUUUAUGAACAUUUAUUUUAUAUCUGAGACCUGAGAAUUCUUAUAACAUCCUUCUUUUUAUAUGUCCUGAACAUUCGGCUUUGUGCAAUGUCCAGGAAUUCUAGCACGGUGGGAGAGGGAGCGAAACUUCAAUCUAUGCUGUGCUUAAUUUAAUAAAUGUCUGCCUUCUUGCAUCUCACUCGCUUUUCUUCAGCCCCUUUUUGGGGAAGGAGAAGUUCCCAGGGCUCCAGACUUCCUUUGUAGUGGAAUUUCUCUCCCCCCGCCCCUUGAUCUCUCUGGUUGUCAUUUUCUGAACCUUCUCCAACUCUGCAAUAUCCUUUCCACGCUGGAAACUGAACCUGGGAUUUCCCUGUGAGAAAGUCCUGCAGGUUUAACCCACUUCCCCUGUGAUAGGAAUUUUGAGGUCUUAGAUAUAUGUUAAAUGUUCAUAAGUGUACCAACCAAGCACAUACAUAGAUCAGCACAGGAAGACCGACCUGGAACCAUUUUGAUUCCCAAACUGUCCCAAACUGAGCAAAUGUUUUCUCUGCAAGGUCAAAGGAAAAUGGAAAAGCCUCCCCAUUGUCUUUUCCUUCACAAAUCCUGUCUUAAGGGUAUGUCUGUGUUUGAAUAGGGUGUGAGCCUGUGACCUGGCCCAGGAACUAAAUAUUUAUCAUUACAAAAGACUGGCCAGGCUACCCGCAAUCCAGUCAAGUAACCUGCCAGACAGGAGAUAAACAAGGACAGGAGAAAAACAACAUUCAAAAUUUCUGUUUUAGACCGCCUUUUCUGUGAUGUAGGUGUGAUGUAUCUGAGGGGUGGUCUUAGGUUACACCCCUUCUGUGAUGUUCUGGGGGUGGUCUUGAUCUACAGGGUGCCAAUUUCAAAAGUCUUUAUAAGGCCUUGCACGCCAUUUUUCUGGGUCCCUCCUCUCUCCUGCAGGUGAGGGGAGCACCCUGUUGCAACAGAUCAAUAAAGGCCAAGCCUACAGGCUGCUGAUUUGCUCCAAGUAAUCCUGGUUGGUGUCUUUGUUUUUGUCCAAGGGAGCCCUCGGAUUUUUUCCGUUAACACCCCUAUGAUCCCCACCCAAAUCCCUGUCUCCUUCCUUUUCUCCCUCUGCCCUUUUCCGACCGCAGGGACCUGAAACUCGAGAACCUUCUCCUCGACAAGCGCGAAAACAUCAAGAUCUCAGACUUUGGCUUCUCCAAGAUGGUGUCCACCCAGACGCAGCCUCCCCCGACGCCGUCCUACCGCAUGAUGAGCUGCUUCUCGCACCUGAGCCAGACGUACUGCGGCAGCUUCGCCUACGCUUGCCCGGAGAUCUUGCUGGGCCUGCCCUACAACCCGUUCCUCUCUGACAUCUGGAGCAUGGGGGUCAUCCUCUACACCUUGGUGGUGGCCCACCUGCCCUUCGACGACACCAACCUCAAGAAGCUGCUGCGGGAGACGCAGAAGGAGGUCAGCUUUCCCAGCCACCUCCAGAUCAACGAGGAAAUCAAGGUGAGCAGCAUGACACCUAGGAGCCGUACCCACAAAAGCCACCAGGGGGCACCAUGCCAAUACCACUGAGUGCCACUAGGGAUGUGGGUGGCGCUGUGGUCUAAACCACUGAGCCUCUUGGGCUUGACGAUCAGAAGGUCGGCGGUUCGAAUCCCUGCGACGGGGUGAGCUCCCAUUGCUCGGUCCCAGCUCCUGCCAACCUAGCAUGCCAGUGCAAGUAGAUACUGUAUUUUUCGCUCUAUAAGACGCACCAGACCAUAAGACACACCUAGUUUUUGGAGGAGGAAAACAAGGAAAAAAAUAUUCUGAAUCCCAGAAGCCAGAACAGCAAGAGGGAUUGCUGCACAGUGAAAGCAGCGAUCCCUCUUGCUGUUCUGGCUUCUGGGAUAGCUGCGCAGACUGCAUUCGCUCCAAAAGACACACACACAUUUCCCCUUACUUUUUAGGAGGGAAAAAUUGAGUCUUAUAGAGCAAAAAAUACGGUAAAUAGGUAGCACUGCAGUGGGAAGGUAAACGGCGUUUCCGUGCGCUCUGAUUUCCGUCAUGUCAGAAGUGGUUUAGUCCUCCUGGCCACACAACCCGUAAAGCCAUCUGCGGACAAAUGCCGGCUCCCUCAGCCUGAAAGCGAGAUGAGCGCCACAACCUCAUACUCGCCUUUGACUGGACUUAACCGUCCAGGGGUCCUUUACCUUUACCUACUCAUGGGAUAACGGUGUGGUGCCCAUACCCCAGUAGGGGGUGUUGAUGUGGGGGCCCUGUAUCCAGGCCCUCAAAAUCCCCUAUGGGGUACUUGUGCAAUGGUGCCCAUACCCUCAAAUGCCACUAGGGGGUGCUGCUGCAUGGGUGCUACAUCAAUACCCUCAAAAACCACUAGGGGGCAGUUGCAGGACAGUGGUGCUUCUAUGCCUGCCCCCCUAAAAAGCUACUCAGAGGUCCUCAUGUAAGACGUGUUGUCUCCUCUCCCCUUGCCCUUAACUCACAGCUUCUCCUCCUCCUUGGGCUUUUUUUUUAAAAAAGUUUUUAUUAUUAAAAUAAUUCAACAUUAGUACACACAUAUUGUGAAUAUACAAGCAUACAAACAUACAUUUCAUACAGUCCUUAAAAAUGUUCAAACAUACCUACACUCAAUCCCUAACCCUAACCCUUUUCCCAUCACCAUCCACCACCCCUCACCCCACCUUUGUGUUGGACUUCCAAUUUACUUAAUUGAGAUUUCUUCCCACUUCUGUUACUUUCUUUCACACACCUUUAACCUAAUUUCAUGCUUCUUUUUCUAUUACACAUCAUUAUCCAUCUUAUUUAGUAUUUCAGUAUUUAAAACGGAACUUGUUUAUUCUAAUAGGAGUUCUGAUUUUUCAGUAUGGUUUUGCAAGUAUCCUUUAAACACCUUCCAGUCCCUGUCUAUCUUCUCUUUUGAGAUCUCCUCCUCGGGCUUUUAACUGGGUUGGAACAGGCAGAAAUCCAACAGGUGUGGUUUUUCCAGCCAGUGCCAUUCACACGCCAGCCUGGCUGCAGCGCCAAUACUCUCGAGUGCAGCAGGCGUACUUACUGUGAGGCUGGCCCUGCAUCAACCUCUCCACCCACCCAGCACCCUGAGGCUGUAUCACGGGGGUGGCAGGAAUGCCAGCUACACCCUGGCUGAUCACCUGGUUCCUCUGAGCAAGGAGAGGAGCUGUUCCCCGACUCUCAUGGCGCCUUCCUCCUGGAGCCUUCCUUCUCCCCACGUUACCAGCUUCCAACGAUUGGCAAGACACGACUGACCGAGGAGGUGGGCACUCAGCGCCUGGGAGUUCAGAAGAGGGCGAAAAACACCAGCCGCAGGCAGAGUUGGGGGUUCUUUCCCGCCCACGGCAGAAGUCCAAAUUUAUCGGGGCUCCUAACUAAUUUGGGGUGGCCUUGUUGGCUCUUGCGGGCUGCAGCAAGAGAAAUAUGUCACCCAGAUCUGAGGAAACAAGCCAGACGCCACUGUAAAUCAGUUAGGACAGGAGUCCUCAAACUUUUUAAACAGGGGGCCAGUUCACUGUCCCUCAGACACUGUUGGGAGCCGGACUAUAGUUUGAAAAAAUAAUAAUGAACGAAUUCCUAUGCACACGGCGCAUAUUUUAUUUGUAGUGCACAAAAACAGGAAACCAAUACAAUAUUUAAAUUGAAGAACGGUUUUAAUCAACAUAAACUUUUAAGUAUUUCAAUGGGAAGUAUGGGCCUGUUUUUGGCUCCUGAGGUGGUCAGUAUCCGGUUUCAUAUUUGUCACUAGUCGUAGCAAGUGUUUAUCAGUUAGUCUGGAUCUGGUUGGAGAUUUCACAUGUUUCAUUCGGGGAAAAGUCUGUUCACAGACAUAGGUAAAGGUAAAGGGACCCCUGACCAUUAGGUCCAGUCGUGACCGACUCUGGGGUUGCGGCGCUCAUCUCGCUUUAUUGGCCGAGGGAGCCGGCGUACAGCUUCCGGGUCAUGUGGCCAGCAGGACUAAGCCGCUUCUGGCGAACCAGAACAGUGAACGGAAAUGCCGUUUACCUUCCCACCAGAGCGUUACCUAUUUAUCUACUUGCACUUUGAGGUGCUUUCAAACUGCUAGUUUGGCAGGAGCAGGGACCGAGCAACGGGAGCUCACCCCGUCAUGGGGAUUCGAACCGCCAACCUUCUGAUCGGCAAGUCCUAGGCUCUGUGGUUUAACCCACAGCGCCACCCGCGUCCCUGUUCACAGACAUAGGUGCUGCCAAAGAUGGUUGCGAUUUUGAGUGCACGGUUCCUGAGAUUAAGAUAUGUCUCAGAGGGGAGAGAUGCAUAGAAAUUAGUGAGGCUGCCUGAUUUGAAUGUGUCUUUCCCAAUUUUGUAGUUCGGCCAAUUCCAUUUGGUAAAUCGGAUUGACAGUUUCAGUGUCAACAGAAAACUCUCAGCCACAGAGCAUAGAAGGAGAGAAUGCAAAAGCACCGGCCUGUGUGUGCCAGGAUCACAUCAUCCCUCCUCUUGCACGCACACUGUCCUCCUUCCCCACAACCAACCAUCCACUCGCGGUAUCAACGGACGCCGGAUGCAGAGGCCGUGCUAAGGCACAGGACGCCAUACUUCCUUUCGCCAUAGACCUGUUAGACAGCGGCGGGUUCUGCAAUUGCCGGGCAGGCCGGGUUCAGGACUGUGGCAGGCCUGAUUUGGCCUGCGGACCGUAGUUUGAGGACCCCUGGAUUAGGAGGACUGCAAGAUGCCUCAAAAGGUUAAAGUUUGUUGUUUGAUCCCGGAGGAAAUGAACACGACUCCCGUGACUCCCCUCCUCCUUCCUGGGAGCCUGAUUUUGCCGUCUCCUUAGGUCAGCGUGCGGAAUCAUGUGCCAACUCCCCGAACCUUAAGAAUGUAAGGCCCGAUGGGGCUCUUUUACUGGGGCUUGCAGGUAACACACUCCCAAGGUCGUUUUCUGGGCUUCUUCAGUGGUCUAAUAUCAAAGCCUUGAUAUGUAUAUUGAUAUUCAGUUUCAUAAUGAAUAGUAUUUCUUGGCUUAAACUUAAGAGACCGAUUUGCUUAGCAAUCAGCGGCCUCACUUGGACUGCCAGGGCGAAACAGGUGCAAAACGCUGGUACCCUGUCUACAACUUCAUGAACAUUCAUCUACAACUUCACUAGCAUCCCUCAGUAUUGUGAACAACACCAAACUUACCCUUUGUUGCUAUCUUUAUGAACUUACUUAAAAAGAUAAAGAAAGCAAAGGACUAAGUCAAGCAUUUGAAAAAUCUAUUGAAAUAAGACAUUAGAAGUUCAUCUUAGGUUGGGUAGUUUGUAAGUUUCUGUGGUUUUGGCACAAGGUUUUGUAUUUUUCUCAGAAGAUUGAUAAAGAAUGUAAAAUUAUUUUGGUAAUUAAUGGUAAAGGUAAAGGCACCCCUGACCAUUAGGUCCAGUCGUGGCCGACUCUGGGGUUGCGGCAUUCAUCUUGCUUUAUUGGCCGAGGGAGCCGGCGUACAGUUUCCGGCUCAUGUGGCCAGCAUGACUAAGCCGCUUCUGACGAACCAGAGCAGCGCACGGAAAUGCCGUUUACCUUCCCACCGGAGUAGUACCUAUUUAUCUACUUGCACUUUGACGUGCUUUCGAACUGCUAGGUUGGCAGGAACAGGGACCGAGCAACGGGAGCUCACCGCGUUGCAGGGAUUAGAACCGCUGACCUUCUGAUUGGCAAGUCCUAGGCUCUGUGGUUUAACCCACAGCGCCACCCGCGUCCCUUUUUUGGGGGGGUAAUUAUUGUGUGUAUAUUAGUCGCCAACGUGUUGCACGAGUCGUACUACUUCUGUCAACAGCACAGGUUGCAUUUUUCUAGCAUCAGUCGUUAAGCUGGAAUGUGGAGUUAACCAGGGCUAUUGACUGUUUGGCUCCAAAGCACCCUCUCCGAUUGCAUGGAGUCCGGACAGCCCCGUGGUUUUCCACGGAUCUGAGGGCAAUGAAACAAUCGUUGAGACGGCUAGAGCGCCGGUGGCGGAUAACCCAUUCUGAAUCUGACCGGACACGGGUUAGAGCUCAAUGUCGAGCCUACCAAGUGGCGAUAGCGACGGCGAAGAAGACUUUCUUCACCGCCUCUAUUGCAUCUGCGGAAAAACAGCAGCAGGAGACUCUUUCAGGUGGUUCGCAAUUUAGCGGAACCACCUGCUCCAUCAGGGCCCAGUAGCGGCCACAUGAUCUCCUGCAAUGACUUUGCAAAGUUUUUGCAGAUAAAGUCGCUCAGAUUCGAGAAGAGGUAGACUCCACCGUGGGAGCAGGGCCGGGGCGGGAGAGUGCUAGAGUCCUGUCUAGUCAAGUUGUGUGGGAUCAAUUCCAAUCUGUUACCCCCGAGGAUGUGGACAGGCUGCUUGGACGAGUGAAACCAACCACUUGCCUCCUUGAUCCUUGCCCAUCCUGGCUUAUAAAAGCUAGCCGGGAAGGACUGGGCGAUGGGCUUCGUGGGGUGGUGAAUGCUUCCCUCUGUGAGGAGCCUUCCCAGACCCGCUGAAAGAGGCGGUUAUUAAACCGCUUCUUAAAAAACCAUCUUUAGAUGCGGCCACGAUAGCCAACUAUCGCCCAGUCUCAAAUCUUCCAUUCUUGGGCAAGGUGAUUGAGCGAGUGGUUGCUGAACAACUCCAGGCACGCCUGGAAGAAGCGGACCAUUUGGAUCCCUUCCAGUCGGGAUUCAGGCCUCAUCAUGGGACUGAAACUGCCUUGGUCGCACUGGUUGAUGAUCUCCGGCGGGCUAGGGACAAAGGUGAGAGCUGUUUCCUAGUUCUGCUGGAUCUCUCAGCGGCGUUUGAUACCAUCGACCAUAACAUCCUUCUGGACCGUCUUGAGGGGCUGGGAGCUGGGGGCACUGUUAUACAGUGGUUCCGCUCCUUCCUCCUGGGCCGUGUUCAGAAAGUGGUGGUGGGGGAUGAGUGUUCAGACCCCUGGGCCCUCACUUGUGGGGUGCCUCAGGGUUCUGUCCUCUCCCCCCAUGCUUUUCAACAUCUACAUGAAGCCGCUGGGAGAGAUCAUCAGGGGAUUUGGGCUGGGUGUUCAUCAGUAUGCAGAUGAUACCCAGCUCUACCUCUCUUUCAAAUCAGAACCAGUGAAGGCAGUGAAGGUCCUGUGUGAGUGCCUGGAGGCGGUUGGAGGUUGGAUGGCGGCUAACAGAUUGAGGUUGAAUCCUGACAAGACAGAAGUACUGUUUUGGGGGGACAGGAGGCGGGCAGGUGUGGAGGAUUCCCUGGUCCUGAAUGGGGUAACUGUGCCCCUGAAGGACCAGGUGCGCAGCCUGGGAGUCAUUUUGGACUCACAGCUGUCCAUGGAGGCACAGGUCAAAUCUGUGUCCAGGGCAGCUGUUUACCAGCUCCAUCUGGUACGCAGGCUGAGACCCUAUCUGCCUGCGGACUGCCUCGCCAGAGUGGUGCAUGCUCUGGUUAUCUCCCGCUUGGAUUACUGCAAUGCGCUCUACGUGGGGCUACCUUUGAAGGUGACCCGGAAACUACAACUAAUCCAGAACGCGGCAGCUAGACUGGUGACUGGGAGCGGCCGCAGAGACCACAUAACACCGGUCUUGAAAGACCUACAUUGGCUCCCAGUACGUUUCCGAGCACAAUUCAAAGUGUUGGUGCUGACCUUUAAAGCCCUAAACGGCCUUGGUCCAGUAUAUCUGAAGGAGCGUCUCCACCCCCAUCGUUCUACCCGGACACUGAGGUCCAGCACUGAGGGCCUUCUGGCGGUUCCCUCACUGCAGAAGCCAAGUUACAGGGAACCAGGCAGAGGGCCUUCUCGGUAGUUGCGCCUUCCCUGUGGAACACCCUCCCACCAGAUGUCAAAGAGAACAACAACUACCAGGCUUUUAGAAGACAUCUGAAGGCAGCCCUGUUUCGGGAAGCUUUUAAUGUUUGAUGUAUUAUAGUAUUUUAAUAUUCUUUUGGAAGCCGCCCAGAGUGGCCGGGGAAGCCCAGCCAGAUGGGCGGGGUAUAAAUAAUAAAUUAUUAUUAUUAUUAUUAUAAGCAGCAACAGCAUGCAUGAUGGUUUGCGGAGUACAAAAGGGCAGGCUGCGUCCUCUACGGUUUACGGUCUUCCCCGCGAGAUGGCUGUUGCUAAGAUGUGUUUGUGAGAGAGAGAUCUUGGGUAAAUUCAGAAGCGGAUUAGAGUUCCAAAAAUUCACGGAGACCCUUGCUAUGUUUUGCUACAGACAUAGCUUUCAUUGGGGCUUUGGGGGGGGGCGGAGAAACUUGGCCAGAUGAACUAUUGUGUUGUUGUUUUUUCAAACAACCUGUUACUAAGACCCUCCCAGUUAAAUCAUAAAAUUGUAGAGUUGGAGGGGAAGAAGAAGAAGAAGAGUUUGGAUUUGAUAUCCCGCUUUAUCACUACCCUAAGGAGUCUCAAAGUGGCUAACAAUCUCCCUUUCCCUUCCUCCUCCACAACAAACACUCUGUGAGGUGAGUGGGGCUGAGAGACUUCAGAGAAGUGUGACUAGCCCAAGGUCACCCAGCAGCUGCAUGUGGAGGAGCGGAGAAUCGAACCCGGUUCCCCAGAUUACGAGACUACCGCUCUUAACCACUACACCACACUGGCUCUGACCCUGCACACUGAUGACCCUGCAAGUCAUCUAAUCCAACCGCCUGCAAUGCAGGAAUCUUUUGCCCCAUGUGGGUCUCGAACCCACAACCCUGAGAUUUAAAGGUCUCGUGCUCUACCGACUGAGCUACCCCAGGUCCCAGACAGGAGCUUUUUCGUUUCAAGUAUUGUUCAAUGCAAAGGACGGCUGUGCACACCUUGAUCUCCGAGGAGCUAGAGACUCCGGUGCUUACCUGCAAUUUGGUUGCGUUUCCUUGGAAAUUAAGAUCAGUGGAGACUGCAGUGUCCUCAGGAUAUACAUAUUACACAGAUAUACAGCCUUAACACUCCAGCAGAUCUUGCCUGUUCAUGAUUACAAGUCCUGCACACAUCAAGACAAGCCUCUGUCUCUCCAGCUUCCAGCAUCAGUGAAAACUCACAACCAACUUGCCUGAUUCCAACUUCCUAGGAUCAUGUGGCAUCCAGCCAGGCGAGUUCGGAAAGUGCUUACACCUUCCUGGAAGCAUCUCGAGUAGUCGCUAUGGCAACACAUCUCUUCCCAGUUAACGCCUUAAGAUGCUGAUGAGGCCACCAAGACCAUUACCUGAACAAAGGAACUGGUUUCCUCUUGCAGAUUCUAACCUUGCAGGUGUAGGAUCGCAGGUUCGGGACCCCUGGGCAUCAUCCAAAUUGACCCCCCUAAAAAAAUCUAUUGCUAGAAUCGAAGAUUGUUGUUGUUGUUUAGUUGUUUAGUCGUGUCCGACUCUUCGUGACCCCCUGGACCAGAGCACGCCAGGCACUCCUGUCUUCCACUGCCUCCCGCAGUUUGGUCAGACUCAUGCUGGUAGCUUCGAGAACACUGUCCCACCAUCUUGUCCUCCGUCGUCCCCUUUUCUUGUGCCCUCAAUCUUUCCCAACAUCAGGGUCUUUUCCAGGGAGUCUUCUCUUCUCAUGAGGUGGCCAAAGUCUUGGAGCCUCAGCUUCAGGAUCUGUCCUUCCAGUGAGCACUCAGGGCUGAUUUCCUUCAGAAUGGAUAGGUUUGAUCUUCUUGCAGUCCAUGGGACUCUCAAGAGUCUCCUCCAGCACCAGAAUUCAAAAGCAUCCAUUCUUCGGCGAUCAGCCUUCUUUAUGGUCCAGCUCUCACUUCCAUACAUCACUACUGGGAAAACCACAGCUUUAACUAUAUGGAUGUUGUCUAGGUUUGUCAUUGCUUUUCUCCCAAGAAGCAGGCGUCUUUUAAUUUCAUGGCUGCUGUCACCACCUGCAGUGAUCAUGGAGCCCAAGUAAGUAAAUGACAGGCGUAAUUUUUUGCGGAGGGCUCCUGCUUCUUUGCUGCUCCGGUCUCCCAUAACUCUGAGCAGGGAUGGGAAAGUUGUGGCCAAACAGGGCAUCAUAAAGGCUACAACAGCCGGCUGCCCCGAGGCCUUUGGCCACACUGGAGGGAGAUGAUUGGAUCUGGAGUCCAAGAAGACCUGGCAGGGCACACCUUUCCUCCUACCCCAGAUCUAGCGAAGGCCUCUUUAUAAACGAUUCCUCCUGCGACACACAAGGGAAUAAUCCAAAACCGAAAGCAAACCUGCUUUUCCACUUUGGAACAAUUGUUUUCACCCAGUUGCAAAUUCAGUUGCUUAAUCGGUUGCCUCUCAUACAGUGAAGAUCUUUUUAGUUGUGAGAGAGCGCACUACAAUUCCCUGAAUUACCCAGGAAGAGAUUCGUGCUUAAAAGCAGCUCCAAGGAAUCGUGUCUCUGUGAAGGGGAUAGGGGUCUCCUAGCAACUCUCAGCACCAGUGCUGGGUUUAUGUAUAAGCUAAACAAGCUAUAGUUUAGGGCCCCACUCUCUUGGGGGCCCCAAAAAAUCUAAAGGAGGAAAAAACUGGAUGUACAUUUCCAAAACAUAAGAUUAAAAACAAAUAAAUAAAACCUUCAUACAGCAACAGUGUUUUGUGUUGUGUAGGCUCCUAUGAUGUAAGUCAUGGGCCUAGCCUACUUCCUAAAAUAUCACUGGUUUGCUCCUUUCUAUAUAUAGGGUGCCUACAUUCUGCACGGACUGGUUGCAUGGCAACAUGGGCAAAUGGUUUUAGAUACCUAUGAGGUCCAUAAAUUACCAUAUAGCAUAUAUUCAAUCCAAAAACCAGCGACAAUUUGUUAUUGACAAAGGACAGCUGGACAUAUAAAGGGUCCCGUUACCUUCAGUAGCUGAGGGCCUCAUCAAACUUAAAUCUGGCCCUGCUCAGUACCCAUAACAAACUAGAGUUCCCACGAGCUUUUUUUUUGGGGGGGGGGGAGUUAUGGCUGUUUAAAGUGGAGUGACACUGCUUUAGAGGUGUAAUCCAUGAAGGAACUGUGCACUUCUGAAUUUGCCCGUGCACUACUUGGAAAAGGUUUUGUGGAUGGCUACCAGCCAUGACGGGACGCGGGUGGUGCUGUGGGUUAAGCCACAGAGCCUAGGGCUUGCCGAUCAGAAGGUCAGCGGUUCGAAUCCCCGCGAGGGGGUGAGCUCCCGUUACUCAGUCCCUGCUCCUGCCAACCUACCAGUUCAAAAGCAUGUCAAAGUGCAAGUAGAUAAAUAGGUAUCACUCCGGCGGGAAGGUAAACGGCGUUUCCAUGUGCUGCUCUGGUUCGCCAGAAGCGGCUUAGUCAUGCUGGCCACAUGACCCGGAAGCUGUACGCCGGCUCCCUUGGCCAGUAAAGCGAGAUGAGUGCCGCAACCCCAGAGUCGGCCACGACUGGACCUAAUGGUCAGGGGUCCCUUUACCUUUUACCAGCCUUGAUGGCUGGGCUCGGUGUCCGCUGCCAUGUGUCUGAACGCCAGUUGCUGGGAACUGCAGGAGGGGAGAGGGCCCUUGUGUUCGAAUCCUGCUCGUAGGUUUCCCACAAGCCCCCUGGGAGAACAGGUGGGCAGAUUUAGCUGGGCGGUUGCCCUAAUCCAAAGCCUCCUCCUUCGUAGUGGUUCAACCCGGACCGCCUGUCUCUCUCGCCCCUGCAGGAACUGGUCCACCGCAUCCUGCGCCCAGCUUCCAAGCGGCUGAACAUCCUGGAGGUGCUCAAAGUCCCUUGGGUCCUCAAGUUCCUGGCUGAGAAGCCGACCACCGAGAUCAAGGCCCUGGAAGCGAUCUGCGGACCCCGGGCAGCCGACACCAGCAAGAACGCCACCACACCCAGCACCACCAAGUCCCGCUCCCUCACCUUCACGCCGGACAAAAAGAAGGCUGCCAGCCGGACCCGCAGCACCGGGCAGAUCAAGGGGACGAAGACCCAGGAGAAGCCCAUCUGAAGGAAGGGAGACAUCUUGGAACGAGGGAUGGGGGGAGAUCUCAGGCCGGAGUCUCUCACUUACAGUGACCGGCCGAUAUUUUCUUUGAGGGGGCGAAAGUCCAGGGGGUGGGUGGUCUAGGGUGUGCACAGGGACCGUAGGGGGGAAAAGGAGGGCAGGGAACACCCAGAAAUAGCGUUGCAGCCCCUUCUCUUCAUCAGGCCUAAAGGAACAAAAGCAGCAGCAGGUUUCGGAACCUGACGUUUGGGUGCCAUCUCUGAAAUGCGAGAUUAAAACCGAAAACAGAACAGUC